AUGGCUCUGGCAGUGAGUCUGAACAAAAUGAAAUACGCACAUCUCGCUCACAACAGUCUUAGGCAGUUGGACAGAUCACUUCUACCUCUUCGAUGUCACACAAUCUAUCACAAUGUCGGAUCGUGAUUCAAAAGGCCGUUGCGACUGGUGCCAAGGUAGUGUCUCCCCUCUGUCCCCGUAGAAGACGAACACUCAACGCACUGAAGGAAGGCUGUCUUUUUGCCUGAAGCGAGCGACUACAUCGGAGGCUCUCUAGAGGAAAGCGUAUCAUUAUGCAAGCCAGCAAGCCAGUCUCCUUUCGUUCUUGGCCUACAAGAAGACGCAAAGAAACAUUCCUUGCCCAUUUCGGUUGGAAUUCACGAACCAAGCGAUGACCCAGCGAGCAAGCGCAUCAAGAAUACCCUGGUCUGGAUCAACGAGAAAGGCGAAAUAGCCCAGCGGUAUCAGAAGUUGCACCUCUUCGACUUGGAGAUCCCGAAUGGGCCCAUCAUGAGGGAGAGUAAGACUACUGAACCUGGACGUGAGAUUCUGCGACCUUUCGAGACUGCCGUUGGGAAGCUUGGCUCGAUGAUAUGCUUUGACCUGAGAUUUCCGGAGAUAGCUUUGGCUCUCAAGCGGCAAGGCGCUGAUAUCCUACUCUAUCCUUCAGCGUUUACUGUGCCAACUGGCAAAGCACAUUGGUUGUCUCUAUUGCGUGCGAGAGCGAUCGAAUGUGAAACGUACGUAAUCGCGGCCGCCCAAGUGGGCAAUCACAAUGAGAAGCGAGUGAGCUAUGGACACAGCAUUGUGAUUGAUCCUUGGGGCGAAGUGGUUGCUGAGCUGGGCGGAGAGAAGAAAGAAGAGCCGGAAGUUAUCCUGGCGGAAAUUGAUUUUGGGAAGCUCGAGCGAAUCAGGACGCAAAUGCCAUUACUGAGGCGCACGUGAGUACUCUCGACACAAACUGUUGCUGUCAUCAAAAUGCUGAGCACCUCGCAGCGACGUGUACCCUGAGAUCUAA